CUUUGAUGUCAAUUGACAUUGAUACUGAGUUACAAACUCCUUCUGAUCAGCGUUUGUUUGCUAUUGCAAAUGCUUUAUCAGAUGGUUACUCAGUUGAUAAAGUUUGGAAAUUGACCAAUAUUGAUAAAUGGUUCUUAAAUAAAUUGAAUGGUUUAAUUCAAUUUGGUAAUACUAUUUCAUCUUAUGGUAAGAAAGAAAACUUACCAGUUUCAGUCUUGAGACAAGCUAAACAAUUAGGUUUUGAAGAUAGACAAAUUGCCAAAUUCUUAGAUUCUAAUGAAGUUGCUAUCAGAAGAUUGAGAAAAGAAGCUGGGGUUAUUCCGUUUGUCAAACAAAUUGAUACUGUUGCCGCUGAAUUCCCUGCCUUCACUAAUUAUUUAUACAUUACUUAUAAUGCUGAUUCUUCUGAUGUGGACUUUAACGAUCACGGUGUUAUCGUUUUAGGUUCAGGUGUUUAUAGAAUUGGUUCAUCAGUUGAAUUUGAUUGGUGUGCUGUCAGAGCUAUCAGAACUUUAAGAGAAAACGGUGCUAAGACCGUCAUGAUCAAUUACAAUCCUGAAACCGUCUCUACUGAUUAUGAUGAAGCUGAUAGAUUAUAUUUCGAAACUAUUAAUUUAGAGAGAGUUUUGGAUAUUUAUGAUUUAGAACAAUCCUCAGGUGUUAUUAUUUCUAUGGGUGGUCAAACUUCAAACAAUAUUGCCUUACCAUUAUACCGUCAAAAUGUUAAGAUUUUAGGUACUUCCCCUGAAAUGAUUGAUUCUGCUGAAAACAGAUAUAAAUUCUCUAGAAUGUUGGAUAGAAUCGGUGUCGACCAACCAGCUUGGAAAGAAUUGACUUCUAUCGAUGAAGCUGAAGCUUUUGCUGAUGCAGUUACUUAUCCAGUCUUAGUUCGUCCAUCUUAUGUCUUAUCUGGUGCUGCCAUGAACACUGUUUACUCUAGAGCUGAUUUAGCCUCUUACUUAACCCAAGCUGUCGAUGUUUCUCCAGAUUAUCCAGUUGUUCUUACCAAAUAUAUCGAGAAUGCUAAAGAAAUUGAAAUGGAUGCCGUUGCUAAAGAUGGUAAAAUGAUUAUGCAUGUUGUUUCCGAACAUGUUGAAAAUGCUGGUGUUCACUCUGGUGAUGCUACUUUAAUCGUUCCACCUCAAGAUUUAGAUCCAGAAACUGUUAGAAGAAUUGUUGAAGCCACUGCUAAAAUCGGUGAAGCUUUAGAUAUCACUGGUCCUUACAAUAUUCAAUUCAUUGCCAAAGAUAAUGAUAUUAAGGUUAUCGAAUGUAACGUUCGUGCUUCUCGUUCUUUCCCAUUCAUUUCUAAAGUUGUUGGUACUGAUUUAAUUGAAAUGGCUACUAAAGCUAUUAUGGAUAUGCCAGUUACUCCUUAUCCAGGUGAGAAAUUACCUGAAGAUUACUGCGCCGUUAAAGUUCCUCAAUUCUCUUUCUCAAGAUUAGCUGGUGCUGACCCAGUCUUGGGUGUUGAAAUGGCCUCGACUGGUGAAGUUGCCACUUUUGGUAGAAACAAAUAUGAAGCUUAUUUGAAAUCUUUGAUUUCUACUGGUUUCAAAUUACCAAAGAAGAAUAUCUUAUUUUCUAUUGGUUCUUUCAAAGAAAAGCAAGAAUUAUUACCAUCAAUCAGAAAAUUAUAUGAAAUGGGUUAUCAAAUUUUUGCUACUGCUGGUACUGCUGAUUUCAUCAAAGAACAUGGUGUUCCAGUUCACUACUUAGAAGUCUUGAGCAAAGAAGAAGAUCAAAAAUCUGAAUACUCUUUGACUCAGCAUUUGGCCAACAACUUAAUUGAUUUAUAUGUCAAUUUACCAUCUGCUAAUAGAUUCCGUCGUCCAGCUUCUUACAUGUCUAAAGGUUAUGAAUCUCGUCGUAUGGCUGUCGAUUACUCAAUUCCUUUGGUUACUAAUGUUAAGAAUGCUAAAUUGUUGGUUGAAGCUCUCGCUAGAAACAUUUCUUUAGAUGUCACCAACAAUGAUGCUCAAACCUCCCAUUCUACUGCAGUUUUACCUGGUUUGAUCAAUAUUUCUUCUUUCGUUCCAUCUUUUGAUGACUUUGAAGCUGCUACCAAGACUUCGUUAGCUGCUGGAUUUACCUAUAAUGCUUUCUUACCACAAACUGUUAAUGGUUCAACUAUCACUGAUUUAGACUCAUUAGCUGAUGCCAUUGGAUCAGCUUCUUCUGCUGCUUACUCUGAUUACUCUUUGUACAUUGCUGCUUCAGAAACCAAUGUCGAAGAAGCUGCUGAAGCUGCUGACAGUGCUGGUGCUUUAUUCAUUCCUUUCAACGAUUUCGUCAAAUCUAAGGUUUCUUCUAUUUCUGCUCACUUUGCUUCUUGGCCAGAAUCGAAACCAAUCAUUACUGAUGCUAAGGCUACGGACUUGGCCUCAGUUUUGUUGUUAGCUUCUUUACAUAAUAGAUCCAUUCAUAUUACUAAUGUUUCUUUCAAGGAAGAUUUGAGUUUGAUCAAAAUGGCUAAGGAAAAGAAAUUGCAAGUUACUUGUGAUGUCUCCGUUUACUCUUUAUUCUUAACUAGAGAGGACUUCCCAAAAUUACCAUUCUUACCAACUAAGGAAGACCAAGAUGCUUUAUGGGAAGGCUUGGCUGAUGUCGACUGUUUCUCUAUUGGUGUUUUACCAACUGUUGUUUCUAAGACUGUUAAUAAUAAAGUUGCUCCAGGCUUAGGUGUUAGUGAUGCAUUACCAUUAUUAUUUUCAGCUGUCAAGGAUGGUAAAUUAACUAUUGAAGAUAUUACCAAGCGUUUCCACGAUAAUCCAGUCAAGAUCUUCCGUAUCCCUAAACAAGAUGCUGUUGUCGAAAUUGAUUUGGAUAGAAGUCUUAAGAACUUAGAUCUCUCACCAUUCAAGAAUAACAAAUUAAGAGGUUUUGUUGAAAGAGUUUCUCUUCAUGGUGAAACUGCUUGCUUAGAUGGCGCUAUCCUUUCUACUAGUGCUGUUGGUAAGCAUGAAAUUGCCCCAAGAGGUAGAUUUGGUUCUGUUACUGGUAGUGUCCCACAAUCCCCAGUUUUGAAUAGAAAAGCUAGAUUAGCUUCUUUUUCUUCCGAAAGUGGUCGUCGUCCAUCUAUUAUCAAAGAUGAUGUUAAAGCAGGUGAAUAUGAAAGAUUAGGAAAAGAAUUGGUUUCUCAACCUCCAACUAGUGACUUAUCUCAACCUAAUGCUUUAAUUCAUUACAUCAGAAACAAUAAUACUUUCUUGCGUAACUCUGUCUUAUCUGUCAAGGACUUUACUCGUUCCGAUUUACAUUCAUUAUUCACUGUUGCUCAAGAAAUGAGAUUAUCUGUUGAAAGACAAGGUGUUUUAGACUUGUUAAGAGGUAGAUUAUUGGCCACCAUGUUUUAUGAACCAUCAACUAGAACCUCAUCCUCUUUCGAUGCUGCUAUGCAAAGAUUAGGUGGUAGAGUUAUUCCAGUUGCCAUUGGUGCUUCUUCUGUUAAAAAAGGUGAAACUUUACAAGAUAGUAUUCGUACUUUAGCUUGCUACUCUGAUGCUAUUGUCUUAAGACAUCCAUCUGAAGAAUCUGCUGACAUUGCUGCCAAAUAUUCUCCAGUUCCAAUCAUUAAUGGUGGUAAUGGUACUAAAGAACAUCCAACUCAAGCAUUGUUAGAUUUAUUCACCAUCAGAGAAGAAGUUGGUACUGUAAACGGUAUCACUGUUACUUUCAUGGGUGAUUUAAGAUAUGGUAGACCAGUUCACUCUUUAUGUCACUUAUUACGUCACUACCAUGUUAGAGUUCAAUUGGUUUCUCCAAAAGAAUUAUCUUUACCAGAUGACAUCAAAGCUAUGUUAGCUGAAAAUGAUAUGUUAGCCGGUGAAUCUGAAGUCUUGACUCCUGAAAUCAUUGGUAGAUCUGAUGUUUUAUAUUGUACCAGAGUCCAAGAAGAAAGAUUUGAAGACAAAGAACAAUACCACAGAUUGAAGGAUACUUAUAUUGUUGAUAACAAGAUCUUAUCCCACGCUAAACAACAUAUGUGUAUAAUGCAUCCAUUACCAAGAACUUCUGAAAUCAGGGAAGAAGUUGAUUUUGAUCAAAGAGCUGCUUACUUUAGACAAAUGAGAUAUGGUUUAUUCGUAAGAAUGGCUAUCUUGGCUAUGGUUAUUGGUGUUGAUUUUUAGAAUAAUCUUGAUCAAUAAGACAAUUGGGGAAUUGUCUGAAGUUCAAGCA